UUCAAGCCCUCAGUCAGUUGUGCGGGAGAAAGGGGGCGGUCGGCUUUCUCCUUUCAAGAACAAGUUAUUUUCAGCUGCUGACUGGAGACGGUGCACGUCUGGAUACCGGAGCAUUUCCACUAUGGGACUGGAUACAGACACACGCCCGGCGGACUUCAAGAGUCUCAGACUGAGCAGAGAGCCCUUCCUGCUGUUGCUGCCACUGCUUCUGAAGAUCUGCUCCUUUCAUGGUUUUUCCUGCCAAGCCAGAGGCACCUUCGCUGCUGCCGCCUUUCUCUGUGGUGUCAUUCAGCGGCUGGCCAGAGGAUGAGACUCCCCAAACUCCUCACUUUCUUGCUUUGGCACCUGACUUGGCUGGACCUGGAAUUCAUCUGCACUGUGUUGGGUGCCCCUGACUUGGGCCAGAGACCCCCGGGGGCUAGGCCAGGAUUGGCCAAAGCAGAGCCUAAGGAGAAGGCCCCCCUGGCCCGGAACAUCUUUAGGCCAGGGGGUCACAGCUAUGGUGGGGGGGCCACCAAUGCCAGGGCAAAGGGAGGCUCUGGGCAGGCACAAGCCAAGAAGGAUGAACCCAAAAAGCUGCCCCCUAGAUCUGGUGGCCCUGAACCUAAGCCAGGAUCCCCUCCCCAGACCAGGCAGGCUGCAGCACGGACUGUAACCCCAAAAGGACAGCUUUCUGGGGGCAAGGCACCCCCAAAGGCAGGAACUGUCCCCAGCUCCUUCCUGCUGAAGAAGGCCAGGGAGCCUGGGCCCCCUCGAGAGCCCAAGGAGCCUUUCCGCCCGCCCCCCAUCACACCCCACGAGUACAUGCUCUCGCUGUACAAGACGCUGUCCGAUGCUGACAGAAAGGGAGGCAACAGCAGCGUGAAGUUGGAGGCUGGCCUGGCCAACACCAUCACCAGCUUUAUUGACAAAGGGCAAGAUGACCGAGGUCCUGUGGUCAGGAAGCAGAGGUACGUGUUUGACAUUAGUGCCCUGGAGAAGGACGGGUUGCUGGGGGCUGAGCUACGGAUCUUUCGGAAGAAGCCCUCUGACACAGCCAAACCAGUGGGCCCUGGCGGUGGGCGGACUGCCCAGCUGAAGCUGUCCAGCUGCCCCAGCGGCCAGCAACCAGCAGCCUUGCUGGAUGUGCGCUCUGUGCCAGGCCUGGAUGGAACUGGCUGGGAGGUGUUCGACAUCUGGAAGCUCUUCCGAAACUUUAAGAACUCAGCCCAGCUGUGCUUGGAGCUGGAGGCCUGGGAACGGGGCCGGGCUGUGGACCUCCGUGGCCUGGGUUUUGACCGAGUUGCCCGGCAGGUCCACGAGAAGGCUCUGUUCCUGGUGUUUGGCCGUACCAAGAAACGAGACCUGUUCUUUAAUGAGAUUAAAGCCCGCUCUGGCCAGGAUGACAAGACUGUGUACGAGUACCUGUUCAGCCAGCGGCGGAAGCGGCGGGCCCCACUGGCCACUCGCCAAGGCAAGAGACCCAGCAAGAACCUCAAGGCCCGCUGCAGUCGGAAGGCCCUGCACGUGAACUUCAAGGACAUGGGCUGGGACGACUGGAUCAUUGCACCUCUUGAAUACGAGGCCUUCCACUGCGAGGGGUUGUGUGAGUUCCCAUUGCGUUCCCACCUGGAGCCCACAAACCAUGCGGUUAUCCAGACCUUGAUGAACUCCAUGGACCCGGAGUCCACACCACCCACCUGCUGUGUGCCCACACGGCUAAGUCCCAUCAGCAUCCUCUUCAUUGACUCUGCCAACAACGUGGUGUAUAAGCAGUACGAGGAUAUGGUUGUGGAGUCUUGUGGCUGUAGGUAGCAGCACUGGCCCUCUGUCUUCUGGGGUGGCACAUCCUGACAGCCCUUCCUUGAAUUCCUGGAAUCACAGAAGGAUGAUGAAGCCUUAGCUAACAGCAUCUACAGAGCCCUUGGGAAAGGGGAUUUCAGCAGCUUUGUUCACUGAAUGCAACUUAUCCAUAAGUCCCCAUCUGAGGAUUGCCGCCUUUCUGCUCCUCUGACUGGCGGGAUGGGCCCAGGGGACACACUUUUGAAUGGGACUGGGACCCAUGCAUUUACCAAUGAAACUCAGCCAACCACCUCUCCUCACCUGGGACUCUUCAGCCUUGGGACUCUCCAGGACAGUCUGGUGUUAUCCUAAGCAUUUCCUGGGUGCUUGAUCUUUCAAUUACUUUUGUGCCUGGUCACUUUCUGCUCUUAGGGCAGUUGAGAUUCUGAUUGGGCCAGGGUGGAAGAGAGGGGGAGAGGGCUUGGGCAGGGGUGAGGAGUAUGAGGCUGUUACACUGCUAGAUUAAAAUAUACAUUGAUGAGAUAAAAAGCAAAACUGUGCCUAAAA